CUUUACUUUAUUAUAGCAAUUUGAUCCGGUUUAAUCGGCUCUGCAAUAAGUAUACUUAUUCGCCUAGAAUUAGGUACUUGUCAAAAUUUAAUUAACAAUGAUCAAAUCUAUAACUCCUUAAUUACUAAUCAUGCAUUUAUUAUAAUUUUUUUUAUAGUCAUACCUUUUAUAAUUGGAGGAUUUGGAAAUUUUCUUAUUCCUCUAUUAUUAGGUUCACCAGAUAUAGCUUUCCCUCGAAUAAAUAACAUAAGAUUCUGAUUUUUACCACCUUCUUUAACUCUUUUAAUCAUAAGAAAUUUUAUUUACUCUGGUACAGGAACUGGGUGAACUAUUUAUCCACCACUUUCUUCUAAUACAUUCCAUAGAGGUCCCUCUAUUGAUCUCUCAAUUUUCUCUUUACAUAUCGCAGGAAUAUCUUCUAUUCUUGGUGCAAUUAACUUUAUUUCAACUAUUUUCAAUAUACAUCAUAAACUUUUAUCAUUAGAUAAAAUUCCUCUUUUAAUUUCAUCAAUUCUAAUUACAACUAUAUUACUUUUACUAGCUCUUCCAGUUUUAGCUGGAGUAAUUACUAUACUCCUUACUGAUCGAAAUUUAAAUACUUCAUUCUUCGACCCCUCAGGUGGUGGAGAUCCUAUUCUUUAUCAACAUUUAUUUUGA